AUGAAAGCAUUCGUAUUAGCCAAUUUUCUUGGUAUAGCGUAUGCUUUCUCAAAAAACAUUGAAUUCGUUUAUAAGAGAUCUAUGUCAGAUCCAUCUCAAGAUCCAUCAUUAGAUUUAUCAUUAUAUUUGUCAUUGGAUUCAAUAGGUAAAGAAAAUAUUUUGGCUUUGAUCCUAGGGGAAAAAGCAAUAGAUAAUGAAUGUAAAACAGAACUAAAAAAAUACUGCAAUAGUUUGAGAAAUAGCGGCUUAAUUCCAGAAAAUACGCAUCCAACAUUAAAAGAACUUUGUGAAAAUAUAGAGCAGGAAUGCACAAAUCUCAAUGAUAAAAUUAAUACCACUUCGAAUGAUACCUGGAAUUCUCUUUAUGAUAUUGUUACAAGUAUUUCAGAUAAAAAUUUUCAUUUAGAAAAAAUUCACUGCAACUAUGCUCAUGUCCAAUGCAUGAUUUUUCGAAAAUUUUCUGGUUUUUCUUCUAUAUGCAAUGAGAUAACUGAACAAUGUUAUCAUCAAAUAAAUGAAGAUUUGGCUUAUGAAGCUCUUUUAAGGACUCUUCCUAGGGAUUUGGAAAGUCAAGCAAUAUGUGAAAAAAAAAUUAAAGAAUCUUGCUCCAAGUUAAAUAGAGAAAGUUAUUAUUUACUCUGGUCUUGUUUUCUCUUGAAGGAAACAUGUGGAAUUCUCCUUAAUAAAACAAAAGAUAACUGUGAAGAUCUUAAAAAUCUAAAAAAUACAUUGAAAAAUGUUAAUACGUUGGGAAAUGACUGUUAUCCUUUACUUAGGAAAUGUUAUUUCCACUCAUCAAACUGCGAUGAAGAGGAUAAACAAAAAUGUGCGAAACUUAAGAGUCUUUGUAAGGAAAAGAACAUCAUAUAUUCCCUCCCCCACCACGAUCUUCCUUUUAACCCAUUAAACUUUCCACUUACAUUGCAGGAAAAAAUAGAUUUUCAACAGCUUCACACAGAAGCGUUAACUUUUGGUAUUUUUCUUGGAAAACCCUUGUCGACAAAGUUUUCUCAUUUUUUGUUAUUUUCAAAACAUUAUGCUGGAGAAAAUGUAGAUAAUUUAGACAAUGCUAAGUUAUGCACUAAGUCUCUGAAAAACUGCGCUUCCUUUGAAUACAUAACAGAGGAACUAGCAAAUAUCUGCAAAAAAACUGACCAAAAUAAGGUCUGCGAAGAAUUAAACAAUGAACUAGAAGAAGAAUACAUGUCUCUCAAAUUAGUUCUCUAUAACAAAAAGCUUUCCAACGUAAGCGAUGCUACUAACUCUAAAUCCUACUCAUGGAGCGAAUUACCAGGGACAAUUUCCAAGGAAGACUGUACAAGUCUUAACUAUAAAUGCUAUUGUAUGGAUCCAUAUUCUAAUAAUACUCUUUACAAUGCUUGUAGAAAUCUAAGACUAGAGUGCUUUAAAUCGGCAAUUUAUGGACAGGCAAGGGAUGUGUUGGAGGAAGGAUUGUUUGGAUUACUUCACAACUUAGAUCCAAAAAGAACUAAAGAGUGUAUAGCCAAACUAGUAGAAAGGUGCCAAAUGGUCAGAAACAAUAAUAUAAAUCUACUCUCAAUGUGCUUAAGACCAAAAGAGACAUGUGAAGCACUUGCAAAAGAUGUUAAACUCAAAAGUCACCAUCUGCGACGUAUUUUAGAUAAAGCAAGAGACUAUCCCCGAGAAAAGGAUUGUCUCGUUUUGGAGAAACAGUGCGAAGAUCUGACAAAGGAUUUUGAAGAGCUUAAUGGUCCUUGUGCCACGCUAAAGAGGAAUUGUGCUCAUUUGAGGAACACGAAAGAAGUAAAAGACAGUUUGUUGAGUAAAAAUACAGAUAUUUUGGCAAACGUCGAUAAUUGUACAACAUAUUUAAAUAGAAAAUGUCCUCGGUGGUUUAGGAGGGAAAUAAAUCCAUUCAAUCUUACAUGUGUGGCGCAUCACAAAUCAUGCGUUAUAAUGACUGAAGAGGUGCAAAAUCAUUGUUUGGCAUUCCAACAAAAUAUGGAGGAUCACAAAGUUAUUGAAAAAUCAAAAGAAGAUGAAGAAAGAGAUAAUAUUUGUUUUCUUUGGGAUGGAUACUGCGAUAUGCUUACGGGGAAUUGUCCUGAUAAAUUAAAACAAAGCUAUAACGGCAAAAAUGGCCUCUGUGUGACUCUUAAGGAGAACUGUAAGGUGUUUCGCGAAAAAUUGCCUCUAUUAAAAGCCCUUAUGUACAAUAUAAAAGGUUCUUUAACAGAAAAAAAUAUUUGCAUUAAUAAACUAAAUGAUUAUUGUACAAAAUCAGCACACUCAAAUAAGACUCUAGAAAAUUCAUGCAAAGAAUAUAGUGAGAACAAAGAAACAAGGGCUAAAACAUGUGAUAAACUUAUUAGCUGGAUGAAAAUAUUAUGCAAUACCUUACCAGUUAAACUGGGUAAAGCUGCUAAGGACUUAAAAAAUAGAGCAAAUGAAUUUAAAAAAACCAAGCAAGAAACUGAAAAAGCUAUUAAUAAUUCUGGUUUAUUCUUGGCCAUUCCUCAAACAGCAGAUGGGAAGCAGAAUCAUCACCUUAGUGUACGUAGUAAUAUUUACAGCAAUAACACGGCUUAUGUUAGACUUGUACGUCGCGAGGAUGUCCUAGAUAUAGAGCCAUCAGUGCGUCAAGGAUUAGCAUUUGAUCUGAUGUCUUUACUUGUAGAGUUGUAUUUGGAAGCCAAGGGCAUCUGCAAUCAUUUUAUCCAAGAGUGUAUCUUUGAAGAUGACUGUCCUAAGUUUAAAGACUCAUGUAAGAAAAUACAUGAAUCAUGUAAGGAAUUUGUGUUGCCUAAUGCCAAGCCUCAUGUAACAACGUCUAUAUCAACAACGACACUUACAGAGUCAACAACUGUAGCGGAUACUCAAUCGGAAUCUACUGUAGUAACUACAAUGAUAGAGGGAAAGUGUGUUGCGCUUCAUUCAAAGACCACAUGGGUAACAAGCAAAUCAAUAUCUACAAAAAUAACUACAUCAGUAACAACACUAACACAAAAAUGCAAGCCAGUACCAUGUACAACGGAAGAAACACAAACAAGAAAGCCUGAAACUAGAACUGAAGCAGAUCAUACAGUGAUGCCAAAUGAGGGGAUAAAAAUAUCUGGAUUGGGAGCAACGAGUAUUGUUAUAUGGGUAAUAGGAAUUUUUGUUGUAAUUUAA